GUUCUCGCUGUCUGCCUUUGCCUCUCUCUAUGGACGGCCGGAGGAGAGAAGAAGAAGAGGAAACAGGGAUUGUUGUCGUCGGGACCGCAACGCUUUCCGAGGGCCUGGCGAUGAUUUAAUCGCGGAAAACGUUGGGGGUUGUUGGGGGGAGAGAGAGAGAAAAAAGAAAAGGGAAAAAAAAACAAAAAACCAGGAGAAAGGCGACGGGAGAGGAGCAGCCUCAGCCGUUGGAGAUGUGCGGUCGGGGCCGAGAUUGCGGCGGUAUCCCUGUCUAAGCCUGGACUGAGCAGAUUGUUCUGAGAGGAAACGGAUAACAAACAGGGGAAGUGAACAUGGCUGGGACCUCUGGCUUCUUUUCCAACGGACCUGUUCCGUGGAUGGACAACGACGCGGAGAUGAACAACCUGUACCGAGACCUGGAGUUGGGGACAGUACUGACGCUGUUUUAUUCUAAGAAGUCCCAGCGGCCGGAGAGAAGGACAUUUCAAGUGAAGCUGGAGACCAGGACUAUUAUCUGGACUCGUGGCACGGAUAAAAUAGAGGGCGAGAUUGACAUUCGAGAAAUCAAGGAGAUCCGUCCUGGACAGAAAUCCCGGGACUUUGAGCGCUAUGUGGAGGACUCAGCAGCACGACUGGAUCAGGCUCACUGCUUUGUUAUUCUGUAUGGCACAGAGUUUCGCCUUAAAUCACUCAGCCUAGCAGCAACAUCUGAUGAGGAGAUGAGCAUGUGGGUGAAGGGCUUAAACUGGCUUGUGGCUGACACACUGAAGUCCCCAACACCACUUCAGAUAGAGAGGUGGUUACGUAAGCAGUUCUACGCGGUUGAUCGCAACAGAGAAGACAGGAUAUCCUGUAAGGAUCUGAAGAGCAUGCUGAGCCAGGUCAACUACAGGGUGCCCAACAUGAGGUUCCUCCGAGAGAAACUUCCGGACUCUGAGUUGAGGAAUGGAGACGUGUCCUUCAGCCAGUUUGCCCAGCUGUAUCGUAGCCUCAUGUUUGAUGCUCAGAGAAACGUGGAGAUCCCAGUUCUACAAAGGUUCACUGACAGACCAGAACAGAGGAUCUCCCUUGAGGACUUCAAGAGCUUCCUCCUGGAGUCUCAAAAGGAAAUUUGGGCCACAGACAACAACAAGGUUCAGGAGUUUAUGUUUGGCUACCUGAAAGAUCCCCUGAGAGAAGUUGAACAGCCUUAUUUCCAACAAGACGAGUUCCUCACAUACCUGUUCUCCAAAGAGAACACUGUCUGGGAUUCCUCCCUGGACCAAGUGUGUCCCGACAACAUGAGCAACCCCCUGUCCCACUACUGGAUCUCCUCUUCGCACAACACCUACCUGACAGGAGACCAGUUUUCCAGCGAGUCGUCCCUGGAGGCGUACGCUCGCUGUCUGAGGAUGGGCUGCCGCUGUAUCGAAUUGGACUGCUGGGAUGGUCCAGAUGGAAUGCCAGUCAUCUACCACGGACACACCCUCACAACAAAAAUCAAGUUUUGUGAUGUGUUGACCACCAUCAAAGAGCAUGCCUUCGUCACAUCCGACUACCCCAUCAUCCUGUCCAUCGAGGACCACUGUAGUAUUGUGCAGCAGAGGAAUAUGGCCACUUACUUUAAGAAGGUGUUUGGAGACAUGCUGCUGACCAAGGCAGUGGAUAUCGCGGCAGACGGCCUGCCCUCACCCAACCAGCUCAAAAGGAAGAUUCUCAUCAAGCAUAAGAAGCUUGCAGAGGGCAGUGCCUAUGAGGAGGUGUCCACCUCCACUCCCUACUCAGAGAACGAUAUCAGCAACUCCAUCAAAAAUGGCAUCCUGUACCUGGAAGAUCCCAUUAACCAUGAGUGGUACCCUCAUUUCUUUGUCCUGACCAGCAGUAAGAUCUACUACUCAGAAGAGACCUCCAGUAAUCAGGGUAACGAUGAUGAGGAGGAGCACAGAGAGGUGUCCAAUGGUAUGGACCAGCACGUGACGGAGAAAUGGUUCCAUGGAAAGCUUGGUGCCGGGCGGGAUGGGCGGCAGAUAGCCGAGAGGCUGCUGUCUGAGUACUGUGUGGAGACUGGAGCUCCUGAUGGCUCCUUCCUGGUCCGGGAGAGCGAGACUUUUGUUGGAGACUACACGCUGUCUUUCUGGCGUUCAGGGCGGGUGCAGCACUGUCGCAUCCACUCUCGUCAGGAAGCUGGCAGCCCCAAGUUCUACCUGACUGAUAACCUGGUGUUCGACACGCUCUUUGCCCUCAUCAACCAUUACCAGCAGGUGGCGCUGCGUUGCAACGAAUUUGAGAUGAAACUGACUGAGCCGGUGCCUCAGACCAAUGCCCACGAGAGCAAGGAGUGGUACCACGCCAGCCUGUCGAGGAGCCAUGCAGAAAACAUGCUGAUGAGGGUUCCUCGUGAUGGGGCUUUCCUUGUUAGGAAGAGGACAGAACCUAACUCCUUUGCCAUUUCAUUCCGGGCCGAGGGUAAAAUAAAGCACUGUCGUGUGCAGCAGGAGGGGCAGACUGUGGUGCUGGGCACCUCAGAGUUUGACAGUCUUGUAGAUCUCAUAAGUUACUAUGAGAAACACCCUCUAUACCGCAAAAUGAAACUACGUUAUCCCAUCAAUGAGGACACACUGGAGAAGAUAGGCACUGCUGAGCCAGAUUACGGGUCACUCUAUGAGGGCAGGAAUCCAGGCUUUUACGUGGAGGCUAAUCAAAUGCCAACAUUCAAGUGCACGGUGAGAGCCAUGUACGAGUAUAAAGCCCAAAGAGACGAUGAGCUCUCCUUCACCAAGAAUGCUAUCAUCUCUAAUGUGGACAAACAGGAAGGAGGAUGGUGGAAGGGUGACUGUGGAGGGAAAAAGCAGCUGUGGUUUCCUGCCAACUACGUGGAGGAGAUCAGUCCAUCAGCAGCAGAGCCUGACAGAACUCAGGAGAUGACAGAAAACAGCCCUCUGGGAGAUCUACUGAGAGGAAGUGUGGACGUGUCUUCCUGUCAGAUCGUUGUGCGUCCUGAUGGGAAGGGCAGCAGGCCUCACGUUUUCUCCCUGGUGCCAAAUACCUCUAUGCGGACGGGCCCAGUGCUGGACGUCGCUGCCAGCAGCCCAGAAGAACUCAAAGAAUGGGUGGCUAAGAUCCGUGAGGUCACCAUGACCACAGAGGCCAAACUGGAGGAAGGGAAGAUGAUGGAGAGGAGGAAGAAGAUUGCACUGGAAUUAUCAGAUCUGGUCAUCUACUGUAGGCCUGUGCCAUUUGAUGAAGAAAAGAUUGGCACAGAGCGGGCCUGUUUCCGUGACAUGUCAUCCUUCCCCGAGACCAAGGCAGAGAAGUACGUCAACAAGAUCAAGGGGAAGAAGUUCCUGCAGUACAAUCGACUGCAGCUGUCCAGGAUCUACCCCAGAGGCCAGAGACUAGACUCUUCUAACUAUGACCCGUUGCCCAUGUGGCUCUGUGGGUCGCAGCUGGUAGCACUUAACUUCCAGACAGCAGACAAGCCCAUGCAGAUGAACCAGGCGCUGUUCAUGCUGAACGGAAGGAGUGGCUACGUCCUUCAGCCGCCCAUCAUGAGGGACGACAACUUCGAUCCCUUUGACAGACAAACACUACGAGGCCUCGAACAAGUCACUCUAGAGAUCGAGGUCUUGGGUGCGCGACACCUGCCCAAGCACGGACGCGGCAUCGUUUGUCCUCUUAUCGAGAUCGAGGUGUGCGGAGCAGAGUACGACAGCGCCAAGCAAAAAACAGACUCAGAAGCUGAUAACGGCCUGAAUCCCACAUGGCCGAGAAAGCCAUUCCAGUUCACAGUGUGCAACUCUGCUUUUGCCUUCCUCCGUUUUGUGGUCUAUGAGAUUGACAUGUUCAGUGACCAAAACUUCUUGGCUCAGGCUACAUUCCCAAUUCACGGCCUCAAGACAGGUUACCGGUCAGUACCUCUGAAGAACAGCUACAAUGAGGAUCUGGAGUUGGCUUCUCUUUUAGUCCACAUGGACAUUAUCAGAGGCAGGGAAGAAAACAGAGAGGUUCAAAGCCCAUUCCAUGUUGUCGGCGCCACGUCAGUGACAGCAUCAGCCCAGGCAGGACGUGAACGCUUUGGGGAGCUGAGCUCAGUGUCGUCUUCCUCCAGCAUGUCUCCUCUGCCCCAGUCGCCGGCUCAGGCCAUGGCCUACAGAGGGAGGGAGGGCUCCUUUGAAUCCCGCUACCAGUCUCCUCUAGAUGACUUCAGGGUGUCCCAGGAGGCCCUGCUGGACCACAUGGACCCACAGAACAGAAGGAUGUUGCGGAGGACCAGAGUGGGCGGAGACAACCGUGUCUAAGUCCAAGCCAAUCAGGACGCAUUUCAGUUGCACCCCCCCCCACCACCACCACCACCACCCCCAGCCCCCCACCCAGUCUCCUCUCCCUGUACUGAUGAUGUCACUGACUGCUGUGAACACUGUUUCCAUGGAAACGCCCACCACCGCUUUGGCCUACAUUUCAGGCAGCUCUCCCUCCCUCCAUUCUCCAAACGCACCCCUCUCUCUCUCUCUUUCUCUUUCUCUCCCUCCCUCCCCCUCUUUCUCUCCUCCCUGCCGCCCAGCCUCCUCACUGCUCGCCUGACGAGAGGGAGGGAGUCGGACAUCGGAGGGGCGGGGGGGUCACUGAGAGGAAGCUGACCGCUGCGGACAGGAAGAAGAAACGACAUUCACAGCAGAACAAAAAGCAAGGCAGAAAAAAGUUCCAGCUCUGGACUGGUCGUUUUGUGAGGCGGGUUGCACUCUCUUGUGUUUUAGGUGUGCACAACAACUGCUGGGUUUGGAGGCUAAGAGGAGAGAAAGAGAGAGCUAUAAAAGGUAUCAGUUGGAAACUGUUUCCAGUUAAGUUUCUUCGCUCUUCUCUAUUUGGCGUAUAUGAAUAGAUAUAUUUAUUCCUGCUGUGCUGUCGGCCAGAGAACAGCAGCAGCUGACCUGCUCUCAAAGAGCUCCUGUCUCCAUGUUUUUAAUUAUUCUAAUUAUUUAAACCUUUAAACAUUCAUAAUGUGACUUUUCAUUUUUUUUAAAUGUAUAUGUGUAAAACAUGAGGGCUCUCUACGGCUAUUUUUAUUGUCUCUCUCUUAUCUGCUUUGUGGAGGAAAUUAUGCACCUCCAGUUUAACUCGUACCUUAAACCUGGAGUGAUAUUAAAACAUGUUUCAAGGUAUCAGGAAGAAGUCAGGGCCUGUUGGAAGUAGUGAGAGAGCAGGCAGCACCAUACGUUAUGUCUGCAAAUAUACAAACACGCUUUUUUAUAAUUUCAAACUUACAUUCCAAUCAACUGCACAUCAUUCCAUUUCCCUGCAUUGCAGGCAUCUUUACAAGCCACACAUUCACACAUCUGUCUCCCUCGCUGAUAGUCUUACUCUUCAAAGCUGUUCAUAGGGAAUCCAACACCUCACUGCGCGAUGAGCCGGACCAGGGAGAAUUGUUAAACCUGUAAAAGGUUGUAGUCUGAUUGUGAAUGAUAAUUGUUUUGUUUCUUUCCCCCAAUUUUAGCCAUCAUCAACUAUUGACAUGUUUGUUUUAUAGCAGCACAGUUGUCACUCAGAGUUACAGUUCACAGGGCUGCAGAUUCAAUACAUGUAUCCUGAUUUUUCUGCUCAAUAAUGUGAUCGUUAUCUACAGUCGCUGGUGGUCACCGUGGGUUUGGAGAGCAUAAAUAUGUAUUCGCGUUUGAUUCAUUUACACAGGACAUCGUAAAUGUUUAAAAUAUGUUGCUAUUCCAUAAAUACUGGGAUUAUGGGAAUGUUUGAUGUGGAUUGUAAUACAAUUACUGGAUUAACUAUGCAGCCCUAUGUUCCCUGGAUUUUUGAUGCAGUGUUUUGGAAACUUGGAUUUUUUUUUUACUGACAUUUCAAUUCUUAACAGAAUGUCUGGCCACUUUAUUCAGUGUUUUAAUUUGUUAACAGUAGUUGUUCCCAUCAUCAAGGAUGGAAAAAAAGUCACUGUUUUUAGUAUUUUUGAGAAGUAUGUUUUAUUUCCUACUGAUUGCUCUGACGUUAAAGUUGUUCAGUUGUCAGAAUUUUGCAAAAUAUGUUUCCGAUAUUUGAAUUAGAGAAGAAAGUCAGUAUUAUUGGCCAACGGUGACCUUGUAAAAAGGUUUGCAUUGCCAGUGUAAGGCAUAAAAAAAAAAAGAGAAUCAUCAUCAUGCCACCUGGUGCAUGUUGCUGCACCACAAAGACAUGAGGAACCUAUUGUGUUUGUGCUGCUGUGACGUCUUGGUGAAUUUGGUCACAGCACCGAGCUGCUUCCUGGAAACCUGUGAGGAUUUAAUUUACACUGCCGUAAGAUCUCGUUAAAGUUCCACUGCCCGUGAAUUCAUUUGUAAUGAAAUGUGCAAAAAAAAAAAAAAAUUAAACACUGAUGGAUCAUAGCGACUUUCAUUCUACUCAUAAGUUGUUUUUUUUUUUCUAACUUGGCAAUCAAGACGUCUCUUGAGGAUGAUGUCUGUGCCCUUAGAAGUGCAGGGAGAUGUUAUUUUCUGACUUUGUGGUGCGAGAGCGUUUUUUUUGGGGAGGAACAGGGCGAGUCUAAGCUUUGUUGUAGCUGCGUCUCUGUGGCUGACGGUUGGCAAAGGUGGUCUGCGCCUUCAAAGAGCCCAGACGGAGCUCACGUGUAACCAACGGUGUUAUCUUAACAGGUCUGUACCAGAAACAGUGUUUUCUCUGCUUGUAUGUGACGACUAUAUGAUGUAAGCUCAAUAUUCUCGCUCAGUGUUGGACCGCUGAGACACAAUUAAGCCAUAUGGUAUGAUUUAAGGUAAAAGCAGGGUCAGGUGUGAAUACUUGAGGUCUCACAGAAAAUCUUUAGAAACUCGUUGCAUUUUCACCCCCCGAUAUUAAUUCCAAAGCUCCUCCGUAUUACUUCAAUAUUUCCUGCAGUGGUCAAUGAAUGGUCUUUGUGGAGAGCUCACCCUCCAAUGCUGCAUUGUUCUUAUUGCUGACCUGUCUGCUGAUGUCAAUGUGCCUCCAUCUGUGUACACAUCACAUUAAAGCCACAUCCUUCACCUGCCCUGUGGGCAUAAAACACCUGCACAGCUCAUGGUCCACCCACACAGGUGUUUUCAUUUAUUUUGACUGAUCGCUUCUCAGCACUGUGUGAGCACAUAUAGACCACGUUUGACUGAUGUGUUCCUGACUCUAUUAGUGUUGUAAAGGGAUAAAGUGUCCUCCCACCAACCUGUAAUGAGGUCUAAUCAACCAGAAUAACUAAGAGCAGCUGUGUGGGUGCACAGGGCCCUUAACUGAAAUUUCUUUGUGCUUUUAUUUUUUUUCUCCAAUCUUGUCGGUUUUGUUAGUGACAGUCUCAUUUACAAUCGCCUUUCUGUAAUGUGCCUAAACUAUGGAGAGGAAAAGUAUUCAUUUUAAUUUUGCCUUUCAUAUGAAACAUAUUCAAGCCUGAAAAGUAAAUAAAAUACUUACUACUUUAUA